CCGGGCCAAGUCGCUGAAUCAAAGGCGCCCUCCCCAGCCCGGGCAUUCUCCGGCAAAGCUUCUUUCUCCCCCAUCCCGGUCCCGUGGGCCCAGCCUUCGGACGCCUCCGGGCUCUCCGAGGAGCCACACAGAGGUGCUGCGAGGCGCUUCGGGGAGAGAGGAAAGCGGCCUGAGAGGGGCUGUGCUUGCCCCGGCGGAGCAGCCCACAGGCUCGGGGAGGAGCCGGGGGCAGCUGUCUCUGCUCCCGCGGUAGGCGCCCGGCUGCUCGGGCUGCGGAGGCGCUUUCGCUUCGGCGGACUGCUCCGCAGCCAUGGCCAGAUUCUGGGUUCUCCUGUCUCUGACACUCGCCUUUACUGCUGAGGCAUUGUCUAAAGGGGACGAUGCCCAAGUAACUGAUGUGGGUAAGAAUGUUACUAAAGGGGAGUCCGGUUGCCCAGCAGGCCUGCAUCGUGAUGGCCAAUUCUGCUGUCAGCCAUGUCUCCCAGGCACAUGGAAAGCUUCUGGCUGCGUUGUUGAUGGGGGUAAGCCAGACUGUAUGCCUUGCCCAGAAGGGGAGGAAUACACAGACAAGGCACAUUAUUCUUCUAAAUGCAGAAGGUGUAGAAUUUGUGAUGGAGAACAUGGCUUAGAAGUGGAAAAAAACUGUACCCGGACCCAGAAUACCAAGUGCAGAUGUAAAUCAAACUUUUUCUGUAACAUUUCUCUAUGUGAACACUGUAACCCUUGCAUCAAGUGUGAACAUGGAGUCAUUGAGAACUGCACCCCAACCAGCAACACCAGAUGUAAAGAAGUGUUCCAGUCUGCAGACUCCAGAUCGCACCUGUGGUGGUUGCUCCUCCUGAUCCUGAUUCCAACAGCUAUAGUAAUAUUUGGGGUGAAGAAAAGGUGUCACAAGAAUAAACAGGAUGGUGGCUGUGAAUCCGGGACCUUGAUUACUGAAAAGGUGCCAAUGAAUCUUACAGACAUUGACUUGAAUAAGUAUAUCAGUAGUAUUGCUGAACACAUGAAAAUAACUCAAGUUAAAGAAUUCGUUCGGAAGAAUGGUGUCAAUGAAGCCAAAAUAGAUGAGAUCAAGAAUGACAAUCCUCACGACACAGCUGAACAGAAAAUCCAGUUGCUCCGUAACUGGUAUCAACUUCACGGGAAGAAAGAUGCAUAUCGGACUUUGAUUAGAAGUCUCAAAAAAGCCAAUCUUUGCACUCUUGCAGAGAAGAUUGAAGAUAUAGUUCAAAAGGACAUUGCUAGGGAGCAUGAAAAUGCAAACUUCAAAAGUGAAAAUGAGAGGCAAAGCUUGACCUAAAGUGAAAAACACCUAACUCAGUUCUGAGUGCAUAGUAAUCAAUGGAAAGACAAAUUCGUGUUUGAGAACUAACACGUCUUUAAUAGCUGUUGGCUGUAAAUGUUGCUCGCCUUUUUACUGGGUGUGUUUUCCUUUUUUAUUUAUCAGAUCUGUAGAGCAAAUGUACUGACAGGUUUUGAGGAUCUCCUGAUUCUGCCUACCUAGAUAUAUUAAAACCUUGUUUGGAAGACACACAUGCUUAAGCACACAAGGAUGAAUGUAUGCAAAAGAGAAAAGUUUGGGAACAUGCUGUAGUAUCUGACAUAUGACACUGUGGGCACGAAUGUAAUUCAUGUUUGUGAAUACAAGUGUCUACCCACAGGUUGAAUCAAUAGAAGCCGUGACCUGUUGGAAAGCUACAAUCACUGGACUUUGCCUCUAACUUACUUCCCCUUCUCCAUGAAGAUUCCAGAGAUUUUUACCAUACGUGUAAACUUUGUUUGCAACUCUGAGAGGAACAUUUUUUGGUAAAACUUGCAUAUUCAUCUGAAUGCAUAAUUUAAUAAGGUUUUUGUCUUAAAGACCUUUACACAGACUUGGCAUUUCAUUGUGAAAUAUUUCAAGUUUGGAUUCACAUGGAAAAUGCAGACUAAAUUACACUGCUUGAAUAUUUUCCAUUGUAUGCCAUCUUACUGGAGCAAAGUAAUCCUCCUAUUUCAUAGGUAUCAAAACAUUCUAAUCAGGAAAGUAUUGUCGUCACUCCAUUUUCUCCUUGAUGUGCAUUUUGGUAGCCUGUACAACCCCAAACCUGAAAGUACUGCCUUAGAGAUACUUUAUGAACCAUUAAAAGCCAAGCUGCCCUUAGAAACUUCUAGAAUACUUUGGAGAGACUACUUUUACAGAAGGUCGCUUUGAAGUGUAUUAGGAACCCUUGUUCUACUACCACAGCUGAUAAGAUGGAUUCUUAUUUUGCCCUGUCCCCACCCAGAAUGUUCACUAACUCCCCACGUGUUCCCUCUUGAUGCAAAUGCAGGAUAUAUGCAGCAAAGGUGAAAUCAUACUCAGGUGUUAGGAAUUGCCAUUGCCGUUUCCUGUAGCUUCUUAAACAAACAAGCCCUUCUCAUUGCUACUUUCUUAGUUUUAUGUUUACAUACUUCUGAAAGUUCGUACCAAAUGUGAAUUGUAAUAAAUACUAUUUAUAUUUAUAUAGAUGUAAACUGAAGAGGUUAUAAACUGAAACAGAUAGUUAGAACCACCUAAAGAACUCCCAUUGAUGGAAGAUUUUCCCCCUUAUGUUUGGAAAUAUAAAACAUCUGUAAAGUAUUUAGUUAAAAUCACA